UUGCCGCAAAUGAUUGCCGAUCCCGCAUCAUGUAACAAGUAUGAUGAUAUACUCCUUGGCUGACAUAUUUUAUAUGAGGUAACCACUAAUCAGAUGGGCAGGGUUACGGCAGAACAGUGGACAAAACUGAGGAACCUCCUACAGCUCCGGGGAUUUGUAUCUCAGAAGACAGCGCAGCAGGGCGGGAGCAGCUAUAAGUUUGGACCAGCUGGGACAUUACUGAAGAGGAAUAUUAGACAGACAUGGUGGGACUGGGUGGUGGUGAAGCAGGAUUGGAGGGUUUUCCCAGUAGAGGGAGGAAUCCUCAAAACAGACAGGUCAAAUAAUUCUCUGAGAGAAAGUUUCCAAGAAGAGUGUUUGGAUCAUGUUGGGGACAUACACAGAAUGUUCAACAGUGGUCUCCCUUUCUCUCUGGCUCACACUGGAGUCUGCUUCAAACACUCGGUUAAAGAACCUCACCAUUUCCUCUUUGACUCUAGAGAACUGACCAGUCUUGUGACCUUCAGUUUCUGUAGACCACAAUCCUCAGUCAAACAGUUUGACCAGCUGGUGACCUCUCGUCUCAUGUGGUGGCGUAAGUUUGCAGGGAGUCCCUCCAGUUUUACAGAGAACGUGUCAAAGGAUGAGGAGAAUGUUAUACACAUAGAGUACGAGUUUCCGUGGGGACCGGAUUCCGUGGAGGUCAUUAGGAAUCACGGGAGCAGUUUUCUGGAAUCCUCGUCAGAUCCAGAUCUCAAGGAACUGAUGUCAUCCAGCCAAACUCUUAAACCCUCUAAUGGACAGGAGCAGUGCAUGCCUUCAGUGAUUGAGAGCAAUAUGUUCCUAGAGGGCGGCAUGCUGGCUUACAUACUGGAUGCCUACACAGAGAAAAGGGCCUUCUCACUGGACUCUGAAAGCCAAGGCAAGGGAGCAAGAACAGUUCUGCAGCUUCAUCCUGCCUUUGCCCCGUACAAUGUGUCUAUUGCUGUGACUGAGAACGGUGACCCAGUUCUUAAACAGGUCAUCCGACACAUCACCAAGGAAAUCCACGAUGCCAACAUCCUCUCUCUGGAUGUCAGUUCCAGUACAGACUCGCUAGAGGACCAGUUUAUUAGGAAUGAUGAGUUAGGGAUUCCGUUCAGUGUGGUGAUAGAUGACACGACAAUAGACAUGGCCUGUAUUGGUGUGAGGCAUCGGGACAGUACGCUGAAGGAGAAAAUCCACAUCACUGAGAUAAAAGAUUUCAUACAGAGACAAAUUCAGUGAGAGAGGUUUACAGAAUUCCCAUAUACACGGUACAUUGACAAGGAAAGGUGUUACUUCUGAACUAUAAAAUUAUUAUUUGUAGGCUGUAGAAAAAGCUCUGUUUUGGUAUUUGUUAUACAUUUUAAAAGUACAUAUUUUCUAGUGCCCACUUAAAGCUUGUGUUCAUGGAAUUUACAUUUACUGUUGGCAGGUCCAUUAAAGGUUGUCAGCGUAAAAAUAUAUUACCGGUAUUACUUUUU